AACCAUGACAACGAGAUCGCGGACUUCUGAAGUAUCGUUUAAAAUGCAUAGAUUUAUCGUUUUUGUAAGGAACUUUGAGGAAGAUAAGGAAAUUGUUUGAAAUAUCAUUAUUUCUAAAUGAAAACACCAAAAUUAAAACAUAAAAAAUCCCCUAAUGAAAUUGAACUUAAUGAUCAUUCUACAACAACCGAUCAAUUAUUUUUAAUUUUAUCAUUAGAUAUAGCUGAAAAAUUUUUCAAUCAUUUAAAUAAUGAUAAACAACUUAAAUUAGAAAUACAAAAUUAUUUAAAAGAAUCAAAUUUAUUAUUAAAAAGACCAAAUUUACCAUUUGAUUCUUUUAUAAAAAUUGAUUUAAUCAAUCAACAAAAUGAUUUAAUGAAUUCUAUAAUAAAUAAUGAUUUUAAUCAAUUAAAACUUAAAAUAUCAUUAUGGGAUUCAGCAUUAAUUAAUUAUUUUAUUGAAUGUAUUCAAUGGUCAACAACAAAAUGGAUUAAUGAAUUUUAUAAUUAUCAAAAUAAUAAAUUCAAUUCUAUUGAAUAUAAAAUUCAUCAUUCAAUGUUUCAAUCAUUAAUCAAUAUAAAUACUAUUAAUAAUAAUACUCAUAAUAAUAAUAAUAAUAAUAAUAUAAAUAUAGAAAAAUUAUUAUGUAUUAUUAUUAGUUUUACAAUGGCUUAUAUAUUAUUACGUCAUUUACAAUUAUGGCAAUUAGCAAAUAAACAUUUAUAUAAUAAUCAAAUUGAAAUAAAUCAAAAUAAUGAAAAUUUAAUGAAAACGAAUAAAACAACAUGUUUAAUAGGAUCAGUUCGUUUUUUUAAAUCAUUAUUUCAAUUAUCAUCUACGUUCAACCCAACUAAUAAUGAUAAUAAUAAUAAUAAUAACAAUAAUGAUGAAAUGAAUCUUAUACAAUUUGAAAAACAAUUUACCGGUUAUUUAUUUAAUCUUGAUGUAAUAGCGGCAAAAUUAUUAAUAGAAUAUUUUUCAAAACAUUUUUUAAAUAAACAUCAUUUAUUAGAGAAAGUAUUUGGACCAUAUACAGCAAUAAAUCAAAAAUUAAUAAAAAUUCCUUGUCCACUUUAUUUUGAUACAUUAUUGGAAACAUUUGAAACAUCAACAGAUUCCGUAUGGCCAGCUCCAUUAUCUGAAGCUAUUCCACUUAAAUUUAUUUCAAAAUAUUCUGAAUUAUUUCCUGAAAAAGUAACAAAAUGGUUAAAAAUUUAUAAACCAGAUAAUAUUCCGAAAGAAAUUCAACAGCAACAACAACAAAAACAGGAAGAGCAACAUGAGAAACAAAAUGAACAAUUUACAUUAUCAGAAAAAGAAAUUCAAAUAAAUGAAUUAAAACAAGAAGAAUUAGAUCCAAUGUUCAAAUAUCUUACUUUUAUUGAUACAUUAAAUUUAGAUGAAUUGAAUGCAAUCAUUGAAGUAAAUCCAAUAGAAUUAGAUAGCAUUAUACAAAAUUUACUGAUUGAAUUAUCUAUAAACUAUUCUAAUAAAGAUUAUUUCAAUAAAAUAAAACAAAAACAAAUUGAAUUAGGUAAACAAUUAAUUGAUAGAGCAAAAAUUAGAAUUAUGGAAUGGAAUGAUCAAAAUAAAUCAAAAUAAAAUGAGUAUUUAUACUAUUAGAGGAAUGAAUCUCCUUUUUUCUUCUUCUUCUUCUUCUUCUUCUUCUUCUUCUUGUUCAUAUAAUGUAUAGGUUAAUGUAUACAAAAAGAGACAGUAAUAAAUCUUUGUUUACCCUGGUAACAAUACUCCCCUUUUUAUUUAUUUAUUUAUUGCGUCAUUAUUCCAGGUUUUUCUGAAGUUUAAAUUACAUCAUAUAUAACUGACUGAUUUCAAUUCAUAUUUUUCUUUAUUACCAUUAAUCUAUUUUUAUGAGUUCUAUUCACUAAUUUAAUGUUCUGGAACUUUCCCUCUCAAACUUUAUUUAUUCGAGACAAACCUUUUUGAUCUCAUUAACUCUAUCGGAAUCUUUGCUACACCAUGAUACAUUUAUUCAUCCUUAAUCACCCUCUUAUGUAUAAGUAUGUCAAUAUCUGUUGAUUUCAAAAUCAUUUAGGUUGUAAGCAGUUGAUGAGAACUUCAAGAAAUAAAAGAAUUCAUAUUAUUCUGCAACAAUCUUUGUUCUUUCUCUCUUUAAGAUAAUGUAUUUUCAUUCUAUAGUAAAGAUGAUAUAUUGUGUUUUAAACUAUUCACUUUAAAUGAAUCCUAUAACAAAUAUGUUUAGAUUAAUGAUGAAUUAAAUUUAUUCAUAAUCAACUUUGUUGCUAAGUAUUAAUGAUGGAACCAAG